UCACUUUCCCAACCAAAUCCCAAACUCUUUUGCCUUCUUUUCAAGCCACUGCUCUCCCCGUCUAUAAACAUUCCGAUCUUCCUUCUUCCUUAUCCCUCUCUCAAUCGCCAAUUCCAAGAUCCGGCCGCCGGAGCGACGAUGUGCUGCUUUGGAAAGGUCUGCAUGCUCUGCACGUGCCUGAUUCUGGUGGUUGUCGCCAUCGGUUUGCUUUUCGGAUUCGGAGUUUUCAAAGACGGAUUUCAUAAGAUUAAAGAUAAGGUCGAUUACUGCGAUGGAGGUCUCUGCGGCGGCGGUGGCGGUGGCGGUGGCGGUGGAAGGCCUUUCUUCGCUGCGCCUCCUCCUCGGUUCUAGGUUUUCGUUUCUGUGGAUCUUCGUUUCGAUUCUUUUUUUAUUUUUUGUUUAGGGGAUAUUUUGGGAUUGCUUUAUUAUGCUUGCAUAUAUUUCUCUUCAUUUUUUUUAAUUACAAAUAUUGGUGUUUUUUUUUCCUUUUAAUAUAAGGCAUUUCCGUUUUUUUAUACGAUAA